AUGGAGGAGGAUGAGGAGAAGAUCAAAGAUCUUAAAGAGCUUGUUGUGAAAGCUGAUGAAGCUGAUGGGAUUGCUUCCAAAGAUUUUAUGCUUGAGCUAAUCUCUGAACAAAUUAUCAGUUGGUACCACAGCAUGGAAAAAGGAAAAGAACAUUCAUCUACCAUAAGACCAUCUACCUCAAAUCCCCCAUCUGUGGACAUACCAUCAAGUUCUCCAAACAUCCCAAUGCACGGUUACUAUCGACCCUCAUCCGCGGAUAUACCAUCAACUUCUCCAAACAUCCCAAUGCACGAUUUCUAUGGAGCAGUGCCUGUGUGGUCAUCGGGUUUUCUCCCAUUUCCUGCUGUCAACCAAUAUCCAAGCAAUAUACAGAAUGCUAGUUACCCAUUUCAACAUGGCAUCGAAAGCCAGUUGUCUCUCAGCAAUACCUCGGUUACAAGCAGAUUUCUGGGUACGGAGGAUACUAGACCCUCAGUUGGGGAAACUCAGUUGGCAGCUACAUCUUCUACAGUUGAAGAAAUUCAUCUUGAUAGACAAGAUGCACAACAAAGAGAGUGUGGUAGUGCCGAAACAUCUGAGAAAGUUGAAAUGGAUGGCGAUGAUGAGCCCGUUUCGGGAAUGGAAUUUAAUUCAUUAGAAGAUUUAAUGAAUUAUUAUAAGGAAUAUGGCAAAAAACGCGGGUUUGGGGUGAUGACAAAAAGGAGUGAGAGGGGAGAGGAUGAGACUGUGAGAUAUGUCACUCUUGCCUGUGCCCGUGGAGGGAAGGCCCGGAAUAGGACUAUAAAUGUCGCCAACCCACGUCCGACAGGAAAGACGGAAUGUAAGGCAAAAAUUAAUGCCUUAAAAGUUGCUGACGGAAAGUUUCGGCUGACUACAGUUCACAAUCUCCACAACCACGGCCUCAGUCCAAAGAAAUCUCGCUUCUUUCAAUGUAAUCGAGAAGUGAGUGAAUCUGUUAAAAGGGUCCUAGAUACAAAUGAUUUGGCCGGCAUCCGAAUGAAUAAAAGUUUUGGGUCUCUUGUUGUUGGCGCGGGUGGUUUUGAGAACCUCCCGUUUUUGGAAAAGGAUUGUCGUAACUACAUCGACAAGGCACGACAUCUACGAUUGGGCGCUGGUGGUGCUGGAGCGCUUCGAGACUACUUUCUACGAAUGCAGUACAAAAAUCCGGGGUUCUUUGCACUAAUGGAUUUGGAUGAUGAAGGGAGGUUAAAAAAUGUUUUUUGGGCAGACCCCCGUAGUAGAGCAGCUUACCAAUAUUUCGGGGAUGUCUGUAUGGAUGGUAUAGCACCGAAGGCUAUUAUCACUGACCAAGACAGAGCCAUGAAAAAUGCAAUUAAGAUUGUUUUCCCAGAAAGCCGACAUAGAUUUUGCUUGUGGCAUAUCCUUAAGAAAGUCCCUGAAAAGCUUGGCUGUUAUGGUUCUUACAAAGGUGGAAUGAAAACUACACUGAUGAAAUGUGUGUAUGACACACAAAUGCCGGAUGAGUUUGAAAAAUGUUGGGAUGAGAUGAUUAGUACGUACAGCUUGCAUGAUAAUAGGAGUGAGAGCAUGAAUGCCUUCUUUGAUGGUUAUGUCCAUGCCAAAACAAAUUUGAAAGAGUUUGUCGAUCAGUAUGAUAAUGCCUUGAAAAAGAAGAUUGAGAACGAAAAUUGCGCGGACUUCCAGUCAUUUAACGUCACAAUUCCCUGCAUCUCGAGAUCUCCUAUUGAAAAGAGAUAUCAACAGCUGUACACAAAUGCUAAAUUCAGGGAAGUUCAAAUACAACUUACCGGCAUUAUUGAUUUGGACCCAGUUUUACUUAAAGAGGACGGUACAAUGAAGACCUAUCUGGUAGAGGAUGAAGUUCAUCUCGAAGAGUUCACUAAGCUGGUUACACAUACAGUGGAUUUUAGUGAUGACGAUGCAUUCACCAAGUGUUCUUGUGGUUUAUUUGAAAUGAGGGGGAUAGUAUGCAGGCACAUCUUCGCCGUCUUCAAAUGUAACGGGAUUAGGACAAUACCAGAUAGAUGA